AUGGCGAUUCGGAAUAUGAAAUUCGUUACCUUUGAUUGUUUCAGCGAGUCGUCUGAUGACGGUUUGGGACCUCAAUGGAAAAUAUGGAGGAGAAGAAGGUACGUCGUAGCAUAUCUGGCACUUUUGGGUUUCAUGAACGUUUAUUCCCUGAGGGUAAAUCUUAGCAUAGCCAUUGUUGCCAUGACGAAUAACUAUAACGUUACGUUGGAAAAUGGAACCGUCGUGGAGAUGGAAAAAGAUUUCGAUUGGGAUACGAAACAAAUCGGAUUAGCAUUGAGUGCAUUUUUUUACGGUUAUAUAUUAACACAAGUUCCCGGAGGAUGGCUCGCGGCAAAAGUCGGAGGUGCUAAAUUAUUCGUUUCCGGUAUAGCAGCAACAGCGUUGCUCACUGUCGUCACACCGCCAUUGACAAAAAUUAAUUUUUACGUUUUAUUGGCAAUAAGAAUAAUCGAAGGUUUUUUCGAGGGCGUCACGUUUCCCUGCAUCCACGCCGUUUGGUCAAAAUGGGCACCGCCUUUGGAAAGAAGUAAAUUGGCAACGAUUGCAUUUUCCGGAAGUUUCAUCGGUACCGUCAUAUCAAUGCCUUUAUCCGGUUUGAUUGCCAACGUUUGGGGAUGGGAAGCCAUUUUUUACAUAUUCGGUGCUGUCGGACUCGCCUGGUGUGCACUUUGGUUGGCAUUCGUGAAAGAAGCCCCUCGAUACGAUCCUUACAUAACGAAAGAAGAAUUAAAUUAUAUCGAAAGCAGCAUCGGUUCAUCACCGGAUGCGAGAGUCAAACAUCCCUGGGGACAAAUAUUAAAAUCCCCACCGGUUUGGGCUAUUGUAACGGCUCAUUUUAGCGAAAAUUGGGGAUUUUAUACACUGUUGACACAACUUCCGUCUUUCAUGAAUGAUACCUUAAAUUAUAAAGUUGAAAAAGCUGGAUUUAUGUCAGCCGUACCUUAUUUAGUUAUGGCGACAGUUUUACAAUUUUCCGGUCACAUUGCUGAUUAUUUAAGAUCCCGUAAAAUUUUAUCAACGACAAACGUACGAAAAUUAUUUAAUUGCACAGCAUUUUUAUCACAAACUGUUUUUAUGAUUUUGGCUGCAUCCCUUACGACUCCAGCAGGUAUAAUUGCUUGUUUAAGCGUUGCUGUCGGUUUGGGAGGUUUUGCCUGGUGCGGUUUCGGAGUGAAUCAUUUGGACAUAGCACCGCAGCAUGCUGGAGUCCUCAUGGGUUUUUCAAAUACUUUUGGAACAUUGCCUGGAAUGUUAUCACCGAUAAUAACCGGAUACAUCGUUCACGAUAAAAGUGCGGCAAACUGGAAAAAAGUUUUUUACAUAACGAGCGGCGUUUAUUUAGUCGGAGCUCUUGCAUAUGGAAUAUUUGCAUCUGGAGAAAAACAACCUUGGGCAGAACCUAAAGAAAAUGGUGUUGAUGAUGAGAAAACCAAAGAUGAAGGAUUAGAUAACAGAGCAUUACAAUUAGACAAAUCUGGAAAUUAG